AUGAUAAAUAAUGUCCAAUUAUUUACAAAUAAAACAUCAAAGUAUGAUCAUACAACAAUAGUAUCAAGACGUACAAAUCAGAUAAGUACAAUUCUUGAUGGACUUUUAAAAGAUUAUCAAGCACAUACUCGACCAAAUUUUGGCGAUGGUCCAACAAAGGUUCAUCUUGAUAUAUUAAUAAAUUCAUUUGGUCCUAUUCAAGAUAUGGAUAUGUCCUAUACAAUAAACUGUUAUUUUCGACAAGGAUGGCGUGAUGAACGUUUACAAUUUGCUGAAGAAGUUGGUGUACUUUCAUUAUCAACAAAAAUGCUUGAACGUCUUUGGAGACCAGAUACAAUAUUUUAUAAUUCACAGUAUUCUUAUUUACAUAGAAUACCAACAAGUAAUCGUUUAUGGCGACUUUUUCCCAAUGGUUCAAUAUGGUAUUCAUCACGAAUAACAGUUAAAGCAAAAUGUAAUAUGAAUUUAAAGAAUUUUCCUGUUGAUACACAAAUUUGUCAUUUACUUAUUGGCAGUUUUGCUAAUUCAGCAUUAGAUAUUCAAUAUAACUGGCGUUUAGGAAAUAAUAAAAGUGUUAAUUUUGAUACAAAAGUUUUAUUAUCACAAUUUGAUCUUAUUCAAUAUCCACAAUACGAUGAAAUUACUAAUACGAAUGGACGAAAUUUUUCUGUUCUUCGUGCUGAUUUUGUUCUUAAACGACAUAUGGGUUAUUAUAUUCUUCAAGUCUAUGUUCCAAGUUCAAUGUUAGUUAUGCUUUCAUGGGUUUCAUUUUUUAUUCAUCGUGAAGCAACAGCUGAUCGAGUGAAUAUUGGUGUUAUGACUUUUCUUAGUUUAACUACAUUAAAUUUUGAUAUACGAAAUUAUACUGCUGCUGUAUCGUAUCUUACAGCAAUUGAUUGGUUUAUUAUUAUGGCUUAUGUAUUUUUACUUGCUUCUUUACUUCAAUUUGCUUUUGUUCAUUAUUUUACAAAGUUUGGAUUUGGUGAACCAUUGACAUGCUAUCAAAAUUCUUUCGAUGAAGAUUUAUUAGAUGAAAAUGAUACAAAAGGAAACGAUUAUAAUCUUCGCCCAUCAAUAUUUCAUACUGAUUUCACAAAUAUUAAUUCAAAAAAUCGAGAACCACGAACCGGAAAUAGUACUCGUUAUUUAUGGCGAUUUUGGUUUUGUAUAACAGGAGAUACAAAGUAUAGAAGUUCCUUACGUAAACGUACAUCACGUUUUGGUAUAAAUAGUCGUAGUGAACUCGAUACUAUUGCUCGUAUUGGAUUUCCAGCUAGUUUUAUUUUAUUUAAUAUUUUAUAUUGGUUCUAUUUUCUUCAUUUUCAACGUUAA